CGUCGCCCGAGCGCCGCCGCCGCCGCUUCUGCCUCUGCUGCUGCUGCUUCUGCUGCUUGUGCUUCGACUGCUGGGCGGCUUCCUCCUCCUCCUCUUCCUCCUCCUCUUCCUCCUUCCCUCCCUCCCUCUCCCCAUCCUCCUCCUCCUCCUCCUCCUCGCAGGGAGGCGCACGUAGAAGCCCAACGUGACCAUUGCCGCCUUCGCUGCCUUCUCCUCCUCCGCCGCCGCCGCCACCCAUCUCCGGGGCCUUGGCGUCCUCUUCCUCCUCUUCUUCCUCUUCCUCUUCUUCCUCUCCGCCAUGGCUCCGGAGCCCCCUUCCUCCUCCUCCUCUCCCUCCUCCUCCUCCUCCUCCUCUUCCGCGAGGGGCAUCUAGGCGCCUUCCUCGGGCUCCCCUUCCUCUCCUCCUCCUCCUUCCUCCUCUUCUUCUCCUUCCUUCCUUCCUUCCUUCCUUCCUUCCUUCUUUCCUUCCAUCCAUCCAUCCCUCCACCCGGCGUGCUCGGUGGGCGGCAGCGGGGGCGAGGAGAGCAUGUGGCCCCCCCGGCCAUGGAUCUAGGCGAGGGCGAGGAGGGCGGGGGCCGCCGCGGGGGACCCCUCCCCACCUUCUUCCUCCUCCUCCUGGGGGGGCUCCUCCUCCUCUUCCUCCUCCCGCCGGGGGCCAGCGCGCAAGGCGUCUACGCCCCUCCUACGGUGCGCAUCAUUCACUCGGGCCUGGCCUGCAACAUUGAGGAGGAGCGGUAUUCCGAGCGUGUCUACACCAUUCGUGAAGGAGAGACGCUGGAGCUCACCUGCCUGGUGACGGGACACCCUCGGCCACAGAUCAGAUGGACCAAAACUGCAGGAAGUGCCUCCGACCGGUUCCAAGACUCGAGCGUCUUCAACGAGACCCUGAGGAUCUCCAAUAUCCAGCGGCACCAAGGCGGGCGCUACUACUGCAAGGCCGAGAAUGGGCUGGGCUCCCCAGCCAUCAAGUCCAUACGGGUUGACGUCUACUACCUGGAUGACCCCAUUGUGACAGUGCACCAGAGCAUUGGGGAGGCGAAGGAGCAGUUCUACUACGAGCGCACGGUCUUCCUCCGCUGCGUGGCCAACUCCAACCCACCCGUGCGGUACAGCUGGCGCAGAGGGCUGGAGGUGCUGCUCCAAGGGUCAGACAAAGGGGUGGAGAUCUACGAGCCCUUCUUUACCCAGGUAGGAAUCAAGGGUGAAACCAAGAUCCUGAAGCUGAAGAACCUGCGGCCUCAGGACUAUGCCAAUUACAGCUGCAUCGCUUCCGUCAGGAAUGUCUGCAACAUUUCCGACAAAAUGGUGUCCUUCCGGCUCUCGAACAAAACAGCCUCUCCCUCCAUCAAGCUCCUGGUGGACGAUCCCAUUGUGGUGAACCCCGGGGAGGCCAUCACGUUGGCUUGUGUCACCACGGGAGGGGAACCACUGCCAACACUGAGCUGGGUGCGAUCGGUGGGCGCAUUGCCGGAGAAGUCAGCUCUGAAGGGCGGGACGCUGACCAUCCCCGCCAUCACCUCGGAGGACGCCGGCACCUAUAGCUGCAUCGCCAACAACAACGUAGGGAACCCAGCCAAAAAGUCCACCAACAUCAUCGUCCGAGCCUUGAAGAAAGGACGCUUCUGGAUCACGCCCGACCCCUACCACAAAGAUGACAACAUCCAGAUUGGCCGGGAGGUGAAGAUCUCCUGCCAGGUGGAGGCGGUCCCUUCGGAGGAGCUCACCUUCAGUUGGUUCAAAAACGGCCGCCCGCUGCGCAGCUCCGAGAGGAUGGUCAUCACCCAGACCGACCCCGACGUCUCCCCCGGAACCACCAACCUGGACAUCAUUGACCUCAAGUUCACGGACUUUGGGACCUACACCUGUGUGGCCUCAUUGAAAGGCGGCGGCAUCUCCGACAUCAGCAUUGACGUCAACAUCUCCAGCAGCACAGUUCCACCCAACCUGACUGUCCCGCAAGAGAAGUCCCCCUUGGUCACCCGGGAAGGAGACACGGUCGAGCUGCAGUGCCAGGUGACAGGGAAACCCAAGCCCAUCAUCCUCUGGUCCAGGGCCGACAAGGAGGUCCCCAUGCCCGAUGGGUCCAUGCAGAUGGAGAGCUACGACGGGAUCCUCAGGAUCGUCAACGUCUCGCGGGAGAUGACCGGGACCUACCGGUGCCAGACCAGCCAGUACAAUGGAUUUAACGUCAAGCCAAGAGAGGCCCUGGUCCAGCUCAUCGUGCAAUAUCCGCCGGCCGUGGAGCCGGCCUUCCUGGAGAUCCGCCAGGGCCAGGGCCGGACCGUCACCAUGAGCUGCCGGGUGCUGAGAGCCUAUCCCACCCGCGUCUUGACUUUCGAAUGGCGGCUGGGCAACAAACUGCUUCGGACCGGGCAGUUCGACGCCCAGGACUCCACGGAGUACAUCAUCCGGAGCCUCUCCCGGGACAAUUACGGGAUUUACAACUGCAACAUCAUCAACGAAGCCGGGGCAGGGCGGUGCAGCUUCCUGGUGACAGGCAAAGCCUAUGCCCCGGAAUUCUACUACGAUACCUACAGCCCAUUGUGGCAGAACCGGGCCCGGGUCUAUGCUUACAGCCUGGAGUGGACGCAGAUGAACCCGGAUGCCGUGGACCGCAUCCUGACCUACCACCUGGGCAUCCGGCAGGCUGGGCAACAGCGCUGGUGGGAGCAGGAGAUUGCGGUGAAUGGGAAGAUCCAGAAGGGAGAGUUGAUCACUUACAAUCUGACCGAAUUGAUCAAGCCAGAAGCCUACGAAGUGCGCCUGACCCCAGUCACCAUAUUUGGAGAUGGAGAUUCCACCAUUCGCGUAAUCAAAUACAGCGCCCCAAUGAACCCCCACUUACGAGAAUUCCACUGCGGCUUUGACGACGGCAACAUUUGCUUGUUCACCCAAGACACGAAGGACAACUUCGACUGGACGCGGCAGAACAUCAUCCUCCGAGACACCAAGUACACGCCAAACACAGGCCCCAGCGCCGACCGGACUGGCUCCAAGGAUGGCUUCUUCAUGUACAUCGAGGCUUCCAGUCCCAGGAAGGAGGGCGACCGGGCCCGGCUCAUCAGCCCCAUCUUCAGCAUCCCACCCAAAAACCCCUACGGAGCCACCAACACCGCCUACUGCUUCAGCUUCUACUACAACAUGUACGGGCAGCACAUUGGUAAGUGGAAUCUAGCCAUGCGGCAUCGGAUGAGGAGUCAGUCUCCAUGGGUUUUUAUAAGGCACGAAUCAGCUGGGUUUCUCCCAACUGUAGUAGAUUCGUAG